AUGAAGACCAGUCUUAUCUCCAUAGUAGUCCUUGCCGCAGUCAUCACUGCGGCUGUUGAAUCCGGAGGUCACUAUAAUACAAGCGAUCUUCCCGAGAUCGUGGUUACGCCUCCGAGUAAUGCCAAUAGGCCUAGUGGCAACACCAUCGGGCCGAAUAAUGAUAACCUACUGGGGCAAAAUCGGAUACUCUACGGUAUAUGCGAUAUUAGGACGCGCAAGUCGACUUGCAAAAGGAAAGUUAGGGACCAAUGGGUUAGCAUCAAGUGUCGUAAUAAGUGCACGGAGGGGUCCUGUCGCUUUGACUCGUCGCAGCGUGAUGAGCCUGCGGAGUGCAGCAUUCCCAAACAAGGAUGA